CUCUCCCAACUACCUAAUAUCACGCUCUUCCCAGUUCUCGAUCUUCCAUUUUCCCGGCCGUCCCAAUUUUUUAUUCGACUUAUCUGACCAAAGUCACGAUCUCGUGAUCGCGCUGUACGUUAUCUCGCCUCUGCUUCUCCUGACGUGAGAGCGGUUGAUGAUGUAUAUAAGCGGCUCCACUGGACUCGCUCGGGCUUCUUCUAGGGUUCCAUCCAUUUGCGAUCUCACCCGAGCGCGCUCCUGGGCUUCCUCGUCCUCGUCGUCAUCUCUUUUACGGUUUCCGAGGACCUUCUCAGCUGGAAACGGGUGGGUCAGGGCGUCGUUUUCGCCGAUCCGGAGGGACUGUGCGCGGGGACUUUACCGGUUCAAUUCCGAUUGGAGGUCGCCCCUGAGCCUCCGAGCGCAGAUCAGGAGCUCCGCGGCAGUGAUAGAGCGGUUUGAGAGGAAGAUCACCACGAUGGCUGGAGAGCACGCUUUCAAUGGAAUUUUGACAAGCCUGCCGAAGCCCGGAGGCGGCGAGUUCGGAAAAUUCUACAGCCUGCCGGCUCUCAAUGAUCCAAGGAUCGAUAAACUCCCGUACACAAUCCGGAUUCUCCUUGAGUCAGCUAUCCGUAACUGCGACGAAUUUCAGGUGAAAAAAGUCGACGUCGAGAAGAUCAUCGACUGGGAGAAUACUUCUCCAAAACAGGUUGAGAUCCCAUUUAAGCCUGCUCGUGUCCUGUUGCAGGACUUUACUGGUGUGCCUGCUGUCGUCGACCUUGCCUGUAUGCGGGAUGCUAUGAACAAGCUUGGAAGUGACUCGGACAAGAUUAAUCCUCUGGUGCCAGUAGACCUGGUCAUUGAUCACUCUGUCCAGGUGGAUGUGGCGAGAUCAGAAAAUGCUGUGCAGGCAAACAUGGAGUUUGAAUUCCAACGCAAUAAAGAAAGGUUUGGUUUCCUUAAAUGGGGAUCCAGUGCUUUUCAUAACAUGCUUGUUGUGCCUCCUGGUUCUGGUAUUGUUCACCAGGUCAAUUUGGAAUAUCUGGGUAGAGUUGUAUUCAAUACCAAUGGCAUACUCUAUCCUGAUAGUGUUGUAGGCACUGAUUCCCACACAACCAUGAUUGAUGGGUUAGGUGUUGCUGGCUGGGGAGUUGGUGGAAUUGAAGCAGAAGCUGCUAUGCUUGGUCAGCCAAUGAGUAUGGUCUUGCCUGGUGUUGUUGGCUUUAAGUUGGUUGGGAAGUUGCGUAAUGGUGUUACAGCAACUGAUUUGGUUUUAACUGUUACACAAAUACUGCGGAAGCACGGAGUUGUUGGAAAGUUUGUCGAGUUCUACGGUGAGGGCAUGGGUGAACUAUCAUUGGCUGAUCGUGCCACUAUAGCUAAUAUGUCACCUGAAUAUGGAGCAACCAUGGGCUUCUUCCCUGUAGAUCAUGUUACCUUGCAGUACCUGAAAAUGACUGGACGAAGUGACGAAACUGUAGCGAUGAUAGAGGCCUAUUUAAGAGAGAAUAAAAUGUUUGUUGAUUAUAAUGAGCCCCAACAAGAAAGAGUAUACUCAUCUUAUCUGGAGUUAAACCUUUCAGAUGUUGAGCCUUGUGUGUCAGGACCAAAAAGACCUCAUGACCGUGUGCCUCUGAAAGAAAUGAAAGCAGAUUGGCUUUCUUGUUUGGAUAACAAGGUUGGGUUUAAGGGAUUUGCUAUUCCAAAGGAAGCACAAGAUAAAGUCGCAAAAUUUCAAUUCCAUGGACAACCUGCAGAACUUAAACACGGCAGCGUUGUUAUAGCAGCUAUCACUAGUUGCACAAACACAUCCAACCCAAGUGUUAUGUUGGGGGCUGCGCUUGUUGCAAAGAAGGCUUGUGAACUUGGACUUGAUGUCAAGCCAUGGAUUAAGACUAGUCUUGCUCCAGGUUCUGGAGUUGUGACUAAAUAUUUGCUCAAGAGUGGCUUGCAGAAGUACCUUAACCAGCUUGGCUUCCAUAUUGUUGGAUAUGGCUGCACAACUUGCAUUGGUAAUUCAGGCGACCUAGAUGAAGCAGUUUCUGCUGCUAUUGCAGAUAAUGAUAUUGUUGCUGCUGCUGUACUUUCUGGAAAUAGAAAUUUUGAGGGACGAGUCCAUCCUUUGACUCGUGCAAAUUAUCUAGCUUCCCCUCCUCUUGUUGUUGCAUAUGCUCUAGCUGGCACGGUUGAUAUUGAUUUUGAAACUGAACCCAUUGGUACAAGUAAGGAUGGGAAGAGUAUCUUCUUCAAGGAUAUCUGGCCUUCUACUGAAGAAGUUGCAGAGGUUGUGCAAUCAUCUGUGUUGCCAGAAAUGUUCAAAAGCACAUACGAAGCAAUCACAAAGGGUAAUCCUAUGUGGAAUGGGCUGUCAGUCCCUACAAGUAAACUCUACUCAUGGGAUCCAAGUUCAACAUAUAUUCAUGAGCCACCCUAUUUCAAGGACAUGACCAUGGCACCACCUGGCCCUCAUAGUGUGAAGGAUGCGUACUGCUUGCUCAAUUUUGGUGACAGCAUUACGACUGAUCAUAUUUCACCAGCUGGUAGCAUUCACAAAGACAGCCCGGCUGCAAAGUAUCUGCUUGAGCGUGGUGUUGAUAGAAGAGAUUUCAACUCUUAUGGUAGCCGUCGGGGUAAUGAUGAAGUGAUGGCAAGAGGAACCUUUGCCAAUAUCCGUCUUGUGAACAAGCUUUUGAAGGGAGAAGUUGGACCCAAGACAAUCCAUAUUCCUACAGGAGAAAAACUUUAUGUCUUUGAUGUUGCUACUAGAUACAAGGCUGAUGGGCAUGACACCAUUAUCUUAGCUGGAGCUGAAUAUGGCAGUGGGAGCUCUCGUGAUUGGGCUGCUAAGGGGCCUAUGUUGCUGGGUGUAAAAGCAGUCAUUGCCAAGAGCUUUGAACGGAUUCAUCGCAGUAAUUUGGUGGGAAUGGGAAUAAUUCCUCUUUGCUUUAAGUCUGGUGAAGAUGCAGAAACACUUGGUUUGACAGGUCAUGAGCGUUACACCAUCAAUCUUCCAGCCAAUAUCAAUGAGUUAAGGCCUGGUCAGGACAUUACUGUGGUAACUGACAAUGGGAAAUCCUUCACCUGUGUCGUCCGCUUUGACACAGAGGUGGAAUUGGCUUAUUUCAAUCAUGGAGGUAUUCUUCCAUUCGUCAUCCGCAGUCUGAUCAACUCAAAGCAAUGAAAGAGACCACGUUUUUCUUCCCUUUGGCCUCUAGAUGUUGAGAGACGGAGAAAGCUAUUUCGUCCGUUUGGUCUUGAAUUUCCAACCUGGUGGCGCUGCCCUCUGAAAAUCCUUGAAUAAAGAUUAUCAUCGUUUCUUGACGAGAGAGAGCUGAAGCUUGCGUAUGGAUGAAUUUUGUACAUGCCCGUCGGCGUCUGUAUCUUUGAGAAACCUGGAAACUUUGUGGUCGCUGAGGCUAAGGCGAAUAAAGUGGAGACUGGAAUUUUUUCAGAAUA